ACCGCGACCCCGGUAACCGCCCGCCAAAGCUGCCAGGUUUGUGGAGGCUGCGCCAGCUUACCCGCCCCGGGCCAGCGCUGGCGCUUGAGCCUCGGGGGCGGGGUGAUGGCAGCCUCGCACCAGGAGGCGAAACUGGCGGCGGCCAGUCUCCACCUGCCGGUAAAUCCCUAUACCGGAGCGCGGGUCGCCCAGUACGAGCGUGAAGACCCUUUAGCGGCCCUGGCGGCGACAGUGGCCGCCUCGCAGGAAGAGGAUGAGAAGGUGUCGCGGCCCGCGCGGGCGUCGGCUGAUUCUAACACCAACUUUUCUGUGCUGGAACGAAGUAUAAACUGUGGUGACAUUGUGAGCUUUUCUGAUAUGUGCCACUCUAAUGAAGAGUAUUUCAAGAAACUAGAAGAGCUGAAGGCGGCUCACAUAGAAACUAUGGCAAAAUUAGAGAAAAUGUACCAGAAUAAAUUAAAUUUAAAGGAAGUUCAGCCAGUGACCAUCAGGGAAGAUGUUCCUAGCAACUCUUCCAGUUCUGUAUCGGAAAAUAACUCCUGCCGCCCUGUCAUGUUAAUGACAUCACUUUCGGAGCCAGACUUAGGCCAGUCUUCCUCCUUGUAUACUUCUUCUUCUGAAGAAGAGUUGCCCAACCUAGAAAGAGAGCAUCCCAGGAAAAACAAAAUGAUGACCUACGCUAAGGAGCUCAUCAGCAACAUGUGGACAAACUUUUGUGUUGAAGAUUAUAUUCAGAGUGAAGAUACUGACUUCCAAGUAGCUGAAAAAACAAGGAAGAAACCAAAAGAAUGGGUGCCUACAAUUACAAUACCUGUACCUUUUCAAAUGAUGAUUAGAGAACAGAAGAAAAAAGAAGAGUUCAUGAAAUCUAAAUCAGAUAUCGAAAUUGUACAUAAACUGCUCAAAAGCGAAGAAGACUCAGAGUGUAAGAAGAAAUUCCGAGCCAAUCCAGUUCCUGGGAGUGUCCUUCUUCCCCUUUAUCAUGAGCUAGUUAAGCAAAAUGAAGAACGGAGGAGGGCUAGGAAGGAGAAAAACAAAGAAACUAUUUUGGCCUCACAGAAGCCAUUUACAUUCAUUGCAAGGGAGGAACAGAAGCAAGCAGCCCGGGAAAAGCAACUGAGAGACUUGUAUAAGUCUAAAAAGAAAGCAUAUCGAUUUAAAGCCAGACCCAUACCUCGAUCUGUUUAUAGUUCGGCUACCAGUGAGAAAUUAAAAGAAGAAGAGCUCCUUAGAAACAUUAGGACCCAAAUGAGAGCCCAACAGCUUUUACAGAACUCAUCCCCUCUGGCUUAUAAACCAGGUCACAAACAUGUCAGGAACCCCAAGGGCCCUGAACAGGCUAGAAAAUUAAGGAAUAAACACAAGCCAAGGUCCCAGACGCCUGAUGUUGAAAACCUUCCUGAGGAGUAUAAGAAACACUUCUCAGAACACAAAUAUCCAAAACUCUCCACAGUCCGCAGACCACUUAAUGUUUGUGCAUCCUCAAGUAAAUCUGCUGAAAGAAAGAAUGUUUUGGCAAAUGAAGAAAAUUUGAAAGAAACACGUUGCCCUUGUCUGUCUCCGAGGCAUAAGUCACCAGGAAGAAGUACAACUGCAAAGACCACAUCUUGUGACUGCAGACCUGCAGUGCCCACAGUGUCAUCCAGAGGACGAGAACAAGCCAUCAGGAGAUCACUUGAGGAAAAGAAAAUGUUGGAAGAAGAAAGAAAUCGGAUCUUAACUAAGCAGAAGCAAAGAAUGAAAGAAUUGCAGAAACUCCUGACAACCCGGGCUAAGGCUUAUGACCCACAUCAAAGUUUAGCUCAAAUGUCUAAAUCCAAAGUAAAAUAUCUCAGAAAAAGUGAAAAGGAAAGGAUGAGAGAAUACCGACAAGAACUAGAAGAAAGAGAAGAAAAAUUAAAAAUGAGGCCACUACUAUUUGAAAGAGUUUCUCAGAAAAAUGCGAGAAUGGCAGCAGAAAAGCAUUAUUCUAACAAACUAAAAGCACUAGGAAUAUCUGAUGAGUUUGUUUCAAAGAAAGGCAAAAGUGGAAAAGUAUUUGAGUACUUCAGCAAUCAAGAGAUGAAAAGUUUCACUGAAGAUAAAGAAAGCUUUAAUGAAGAAGAAAAAGUAGAAGAGAGAGAGAAUGGGCAAGAAAAUUAUUUUACUGAUAGCAACAGUCAAGACUCUUGCAAGGAUAAAGAUGAAGAUGAUGCAGAGAGUGGAGAAGUAUCUGUUGAAGAAUAGAACUGCAUCAGCAGGGCCCCCUCUCUGUGCCCUGCCUGCUGCUUGCAGCAGCUGCACCUGGGAUGUGAGGACGGACACCUCCCAUGUGUGCACUGCUGGUGAACAAAGACAUUACAGCUGAAGAAAGCUGAAUUCAGAUGAUUGGUGAUUUGAUCAGUUAGAGUAAGGUUUUUCCUGGGGUUUUUUGUUUUUUAAAAUUGCAACAUAUGGUCUGUUUGCUACUUUGAUCUUGUUUUUUUUUUUUGGUACCAGUGAUUGAACUCAGGUCCUUGCGCUUGGACAGCAGGCAGCGAAACCACUGAGCUAAAUCCUGGGCCCUGAUCUUGUAUUUUUAAAGUGUUUGAAAAAAAAAGGUUUGAGAAUCACAGCUAUCAAACUGAUUAGUUAAAAAAUAAGUAUUAUAUUUGGUGGGGAAAUAAGUAUUAUGUUUGGUGGUUUAGAAUUGAGAAGCAAAGGGCCGGGGAUUUAGCUCAGUGGUUCUGCCACCUGCCUCGCAAGCCCAAGGUCCUGAGUUCGAUCUCCCAUACCAAAAAAAAGAAUUGAGAAGCAAGCCAGGCAUGGUGGCGCAGGCCUGUAAUCUCAGCACUUGAAAGUCUGAGGCCAGAGGAUCGCUGUGAGUUCAA